UUCUCCGUGCUUCAAAUGUUUCUGAACUCUUUACUUGUGGUCAUAACUGACUUGGCGGCUACACUGAUGGGCAGUGUAUUAUUUCGCCGCCAUUUCCAUUUGUUUCUGUCAGCCAUGGUCAUGUUUGGACCCUUGCUAAACGUAUGGGUAUCCCACUAUAGUGUUUUCGCGAAGAGGAACCAUUAUCUUUACAGAGUUUUUCUGCGCUCAGGAUGGGGUUGGACCUGUAUCUUUGUAGGCUCUUUUGUCUUCCUCCUGUCUUUAUCAGUACGGCGCUCCCUAAUACUCACACUGCGGCAUCUCUCACGGCUGGCUGUUGCAGGCGGGCUGUGGCUGGGUUUUCGUAAGCUGCUUAACCUGCUGGAGAAUGCCACAGGGAGUUGCUACGAACCCCUCAGUGGAGCUCAUGAGCUUGCUGUAGGGGCUAAUGGAGAAAAGCAACCUUUAUUGCUGUUACGGGAGGGUGAGACAAAGGCUGUUUGCAUCAGCUCUGGCAUGCUAUGGAGGGGGUAUGAGGUCUCUGAGGACAUCUUUCUGCUUUCUUUUUGCUGCCUGCUACUGGCUGAGGAGAUGGCUGUGUUUGGGCCCUAUCUGAACCUGGGUGGGAUCUCUGGAGCACCCCUGCGCAUUCUGUUCUUAUUCUGUGUCCUGUUGCUGAGUCUCUGGUUGUUUCUACUUUUCUGCCUACUCGCAUAUUUUCCUCAAUUCCCAAAUCAGCUCUUGGGAGGAGCUCUGGGUUGUCUGAGUUGGAGAGCAACAUACCAGGGCUGGUACCAUAUGGGACCAAGCUGGUACUGCCCUGGAAGGCCUGGGGUGGGUCUUCUGACUACAUAGGGACAAAUAAAAUUGAUAAAAAAUAAUAAAAUCUUUAAUUACUUUGGAAGUAAAUAUAUUUGAAAAAAUAUUUAAGGAGGUUUAAUUUACACAGUUUUGAACUACCUCUGCUUCUGAGAUUAAGUUUUAAAAAUCAGCCUGAUCCAGUUACUACAAUCCAUUAAUUUAUUACCUCAACAGUCACUGACAAGUUUUCUUCAUUUACCUGUGUCAGUCUGAUGACAUAUUCCCCAAAAUAAAAAAUUAAGGCUAAAAGAACUAGUUGAAAAAUAGAUGUGAUAGAUUUAAAGACUUGGUGACUUAAGCAGAGUUGAAGUUUUCCUCCAAAGCUGGCAACAAGCAAGUCUGAAGUGCCCAAAAGGUAGGAGAUGCAAAAUGUAGACAGUGGAGUAUAAAAGCAGGAACUAACUUUAAAACCUCUACCUACAUCACAAACUUGAAGAUACCGUACAAAUGAGAUGAAGGAACGUAUUCAAGUAAAUAGUUCAAAUGUACUCGGUUAUGAAAAAUUCUAGCAGUGAUAUGUUAAUUUGCCACAAAAUGGCUGCUAUGAAUCAGCACUUUGAUACCACAUUAGCAUGCAGCAGUUUGGAAUAAUAGAAAGAUGUUAACCAAAGAAUAUUUAACGUUUAACACAAUGAAGUGCUCACCAUCAAGAUCUGCAAUGAGUAUGCAGCAUUUGCAUGUUUAUGGCCACUGCUUUGUGCGCUUGAAUCACAGCUCUCUAUUAAAUAUAUCAUUUAAACUCAAAAGCAUGAAACCUUGGGGGUAAAACCAUGAUGCAGCAGGAGGA